AUUCCAGAUGCAAACGGUCUUCUUCCCUUUUCCCUCAAAUAGGAGGAACUUCCUCAAAAUGGUCGUAUAUAAAGAGGUAGUCUACUAACCCAGUUUCAAACCGGGACUGACACCUUUUGUGCUGCAUUUUAAGGAAUCAUCGAGCCCAGGGCAUAAUGUAUAAAUUCUGUGGAAUACCUCUGUUGAUGGUGUGGUGUGCACUAGCUCACACUUUGGAUCUGUCUAAUCUGUCCCUGGAUGAAGCAUGGGACAGCUGGAAAAUCACCCACAGGAGACAAUACAAUGGCCUGGAUGAAGAGUCUAUUCGACGGACCAUUUGGGAGAAGAACAUGCUGUUUAUUGAGGCCCAUAACAAAGAGUAUGAACUGGGGAUUCAUACCUAUAAUCUAGGGAUGAACCACUUUGGAGAUAUGACACUUGAAGAAGUCGCUGAGAACAUGAUGGGACUCCAAAUGCCCAUGUUCCGUGACCCUACAAACACAUAUGUGCCUGGGGACACAGUGGAGAAGCUGCCCAAAUCAAUUGACUACCGUAAACUGGGCUAUGUCACAAAUGUUAAGAACCAGGGUGCAUGCGGCUCCUGUUGGGCCUUUAGCUCUGUCGGGGCUUUGGAAGGUCAGCUGAAGAAGACCACGGGUAACCUGGUGGAUCUUAGUCCUCAGAACCUGGUGGACUGUGUGACUGAAAAUAAUGGCUGUGGUGGAGGAUAUAUGACUAAUGCAUUCAAAUACGUCAGAAACAACAAUGGCAUUGAUUCUGAGGAGAGCUACCCCUAUGCUGGAAUUGAUCAGCAGUGUGCCUACAAUGAGUCAGGGAAAGCAGCCGAUUGUAAAGGGUACAAAGAGAUACCCCAGGGUAAUGAGAGGGCAUUGACUACCGCUGUGGCAAAGGUGGGACCUGUGUCAGUGGGUAUAGAUGCCAUGCAGUCCACCUUCCUGUACUACAAAAGCGGUGUUUAUUAUGAUCCCAACUGCAACAAGGAUGAUAUCAACCAUGCAGUGCUAGCUGUUGGGUAUGGAGUCAACCCGAAAGGCAAAAAGUACUGGAUUGUGAAGAACAGUUGGGGUGAAGAUUGGGGAAAGAAGGGGUAUAUCCUGAUGGCUCGUAACCGUAACAACGCAUGUGGCAUUGCAAACCUGGCCAGUUUCCCAAUCAUGUGAGAGUUGGACAGUAACAGAAGCUCAAAAGAAACCAACAAGACCAAUAACAAAAGGGACUAUUAUCGCCACUACGAUGUGCUCCAACAUGAAAUAGUAAUUGGGGCAAAUAAUAACACUCUCUAAAACAAGCAUUGGAUUUUAAUACAAAAAGGUUGAGUUUUUUCUUUUUACCUCUUUCUUUGUUUUACCAAAGAUGACUUGUUCUUAUUCCUACCAAAUACUGCAAUUGCAGCUGUUUUGUGCAAUAUGUGACACGAGCAAGUUUUAUAUUGUGUAUACAGUCUGUUAAUUUUUUUUAUUGUUGUUUUCUGAUGCCCCUGGUGGGAUCUGGUCUCUGAAAUGCUUGUUUUAUGAUGUUUUUAUUAAAAAGAUUACCAAGGUUCUUUGUGACCAUAUUAAAUAAAAUAUAUAAAUUCUGAGGACACCAUACUCAACUAUACCGAAAUAGUGUUUUACUGUCACUUUGAUAAAUGGUUUAUUUCAAUGUAUAAUAUGCUUUAAUCAAUUUUCUACUGUAAACUUCGAUCACACUAACACACAAUUAGUUUAGUAAUUAAAUAAUUACUAUUCUUUGUACUGAAACACUAUUAAAAAAAAUUAAGAGAAUAAAAUACCAUUAAAA